AUGUCUGACGACACUGCAACUAAUGCUGUCGUAACGCCGGUUUCGCCAGUCACUCCCAAGAUGAGUGGGCUCGCUCUGACUGAGUAUACCGCUGCUCCGACGCCGCCCUCCGAACGCGAGCAUCAAAUUCCCGGAUUGCCUCCUAACUGGGGUAUCCCUGAAGCAUUCCUUCUUCCCAAUGGCUACCCGGAUUACCUCCGAUUGAUUUUGACGUCACGGGUUUACGAUGUUAUUGAAGAGACCCCUCUUACCCAUGCGGUCAACCUGAGCAACCGGCUGGAGAGCCGAGUCAUGCUUAAGCGGGAGGAUUUGCUCCCGGUUUUCAGCUUCAAGCUCCGUGGCGCAUACAACAAGAUGGCUCAUUUGAACAACGAGCAACGGUGGAAAGGCGUCAUUGCUUGCUCUGCAGGAAACCACGCACAGGGCGUGGCCUUCUCUGCCCGCAAGCUGAGAAUUCCCGCUACUAUCGUUAUGCCCUCUGGUACCCCCGCCAUUAAACACUUGAAUGUCGCCCGUCUGGGAGGAAGCGUCGUUCUCCACGGACAGGAUUUCGAUUCCGCCAAGGAGGAAGCCCACCGGCUGGAGAAGCAGCACGGCCUGACCAACAUCCCGCCAUUCGAUGACCCCUAUGUCAUCGCUGGUCAAGGAACCAUCGGUAUGGAGCUUCUGCGCCAGGCGAACUUGGAUAAGCUGGAAGCUGUCUUCUGUGCUGUUGGUGGAGGUGGUCUUAUUGCCGGAGUCGGUGUUUACCUCAAGCGCAUCGCACCUCAAGUUAAGGUCAUUGGUGUGGAGGCCUACGAUGCGAACGCCAUGGCACAGUCAUUGGACACCGGCAACCGGGUAUUCCUCAAGGAGGUCGGCCUCUUUGCCGACGGUGCGGCAGUCAAGACUGUUGGCGAGGAAACGUGGCGUCUCAGCCGUGAUGUUAUCGACGAUAUCAUCCAGGUGUCCACCGACGAGACCUGCGCAGCCAUCAAGGAUGCCUUCGAGGAUACCCGUUCCAUUGUUGAGCCUGCCGGUGCUCUCGCUCUCGCCGGUCUGAAAAAGUACAUCGCCAAGAACCCCAGCCCGGACCCCAACCGCGAACUCGUCGCCAUCACCUCCGGUGCCAACAUGGACUUCGACCGUCUGCGAUUUGUUGCUGAGCGCGCCGCUCUCGGCGAGAAGAAGGAGGCACUCCUCUCCGUCAAGAUCCCCGAGAAGCCCGGCGCAUUUGCCAAGCUUGUCGAGGUUGUGCUUCCCCACGCCGUUACCGCCUUUAACUACCGCUACGCCCGCGAAGAGUCCGCCGACGUGCUGAUGGGUAUCUCCCUAUCUGCCUCCACUGGCCGCGAAGACCUGAUCAAGAUCAUGGAGGAGCUCGAGAAGGGCGGUAUGAGCUGCCGAGAUCUGAGCGACGACGAGCUUGCCAAGCGCCACCUACGAUUCCUCGUCGGCGGACGUUGCGAGGUCGCCGAUGAGCGCAUCUUCAUGUUCGAGUUCCCCGAGCGCCCCGGUGCUCUGGCCAAGUUCCUCACCACCCUCCGUCCCAACCAAAACAUCUCUCUGUUCCACUACCGUAACUACGGUGGCGAUGUCGGCAAGGUCUUGGCUGGUAUUCAGUGCCCGUCUCCUGAGAAGGAGGACUUGGAGCACUUCCUGCACGAUCUGGGCUAUCCAUUCAGCGAGCACACCGAUUCCCCCACCUACAAGACUUUCCUACGUUCCGAAUAA